CUUUAGGUCCCUUUAAUGUAUGUUGUGUUUAUUUCAGGCCACUUUAUAAAGGAGGUUGUAGAAGGUGGUCCAGCAGCAGAGAGCGGUCUUCGUGAAGGUGAUCGCAUCAUUGAGGUUUCGGGAACAAAUGUCAUAAAGUUCUCCCAUGACAAAGUUGUGAAUGCCAUCAAGAAAAGUGGAAACAAAGUAGUUUUGUUGGUGGUGGAUGAACCCACAUAUCAUCACUACGAACUGAAGAAGAUAAAGAUCAAAGCUAAGCAUGCGUACAGCAGCAGCGAUUCUGUUGUCUCUUCAUCUCGCUCACAAUCUCGAAGCUCCAAUGCUCACAGUCCAUCUAUGAAGUCUGUAUCUUCCAUCUCACAGAGUGACAAAGCACGUAUCAUACAUAUGGUAAAAGCUGAUGGAAAAGGAUACGGAUUUUUCCUCAGAGUGAAAAAAGGCGAACCAGGAGAGUAUGUUGGAGACGUUGAGAAAGGUCAAGCAGCUGACUUGUGUUCGCUCAAGGAUGACGAUCGGAUUCUUGCAAUUAAUGGUCACAUGAUCAUGGGAAAAUCACACGAGGAAGUGAUUGAACUGAUGAAAUCGAUUCCCAGUCAUGUGGUUCUUGUUCUGAUUGGUCCUGCUGCUGAAAAGAAUGCCUGCGAAAAUGGGAUUUCCGCGGUGGUUGAUGGAGCUGUACAGUCUUUUUUGGAGAAACCAAGAGACGUGAACUUGGUCAAGUCAUCUUCUGGCUAUGGGUUCUACCUUAAACUUGAACAUGGAAGUCCCCUCCAUAUAAUAACUGACGUAGAAUCCGAUUCUCCAGCACAUAACGCGGGGCUUAAGGAUGGAGACAUUCUUAUUAAUGUCAAUGGGAAUGAUGCAUUAAAGCUGGAGCAUGAAGGAUGUGUUCAAAAGAUUAAGGAUUCAGGGGAAAAGGUGACGUUAACAGUCUCUAGCAAAGAAACUGUUGACAUCUUUGCUAAAUUGGGAAUUGAAGUCAGUGAAGAGUUUGUAAAGAAUUGGCCCGAAGAAUCAAACUUUUUGAUUCCGAUCUUAAAUGAGAUUGAAAAGAAAAAAGAAAAAGUUUUGGAAGUGGUGAAAGAAAAAGAAGAACCAACAGUGGAUUACAAACCAAGGUUGUGCAAACUUGUUAAAGAUGAAGGAGGAUUUGGUUUCUUCCUCAAAGAUGAUGACGGUCAUGUUCUUGGACAUAUUGAACAAGGUGGUUCUGCUCAGAAAGCUGGAGUUCAAGAAAGCGAUCACAUUAUUGAGGUUAACGGAGUCAAUGUACAAAACGACACUCAUGAUCAAGUUGUUGACAAAAUUCGUAAAUCUGGUGAUCACGUGACUUUCCUUGUCGUUAAUAAAGAGGAACGCGAAUACUUCAAAAAAUCUGGGAUCGCAAUUACAGCAGCUCUACUUACUGGUGCAGUUGUGUCCUCUUCUGUCUCUGAGGAAGAAGCACCUUUGCCUCGACUGUGCAAGAUUGUCAAGCAGAGUGAUGGCUUUGGUUUCCAUUUAAAUGGAGAGUCUGGAGAAAGACCAGGACAAUAUAUUAGAAGAUUAAUGAAGGAUGGUGCAGCUGAAAAAGGAGGACUACUUAAUGGCGAUCGAGUGGUUGAGGUCAAUGGAACAAAUAUAAAUCAUAAAUCACAUGAUGAUGUGGUCAAGAUGAUUGUGGCAAGUGGAAGCGAGAUCACUUUCUUAGUGGUUGAUGAAAAAGCUGAUGUAUAUUACAAGAAGAAAGAUAUUGAGAUUACAACAAAACUUCUUGUGGUUGCUGCUGUGUUGGAAGCAAAUGAUGAGACCAAAUCUUCAACAUCUUCACUUGUGGAAGCUGCUGCAAGUGUUCAUGCUGAAGCAGAUGAUGAGAAACAUCUUGAUCCUCCUGUUAUUGAUUUCCCGGGUCCACCAGAAGAUGAGCAGGAGCUGAACGAGGAGAUCAGACAUGAAAUCCGUGAAGAAAUUGCUGAUGCAGUGGAAGACAAAAUGGAAGACCAGCUUGAGGAGCAAAGAGAAGAAGCUUUGGAGGAACUCGCUGCAGCCGCUGCUGUGGCAGUGGUGGCGGAUGAAUUCCAAGAAGAUUUGAAAGAAGAAGUUGCUGAAGAGAUCAGGGAUGAAAUUGAAGAUCGGGUGGAAGAUAAAAUCGAGGACGCAAUAGAAGAUGCAAUUGAAGAAGCAAUCAAGGAAGAAGUUAAAGAGGAUAUGAGACACGAUCUUGCUGAAGAUUUGAAAGAAGAAAUUCGCGAAAAUAUAGUUGAUGAUGUCAUUGAUGUCAGAGAAGAAGUAAAAGAUGAAAUCCGAGAUAAUUGGGAAGAAGUGGCUGAAGCAAUUGUGGAGGAUAUUGUUGAUGAAUACAAGGAGGAUAAAAGGGAAGACAUCAUUGAUGAGCUUAAGGAAGAGAUAAGAGAAGAGUUGGUUGAAGACAUCAAAGAGGAAAUGGUGGAAGAAACGAAAGAAGAUAUUGAAACUCGAUUAAGAGAAGAAGUAAAAGCCCAGCUUGAACAGGAAAGGAGAGAGCAGAUGGAAGAAGAAGAACGAAUGAGAGAAGAAGAAAGAAAUAGAGAAGAAGAGAGGUUGAGGGAAGAAAUGGAAGAAAGAAGAAAGGCAGAGGAGAAAGCAGAAAUGGAGGCAAGAAUAAAAGAGGAAUUAAGAAAAGAAGUUGAAAGAGAGAUGAAGCUGGAAGCUGCUGCAAGAUUAAAAGAAUCUAUUGAAGAAUCUGCUCUGCCCCCACCACCAGUUGAGGUUGUAUCGCAAGAACCAAUCAAUAACGCUGACAUCGUCAAAGCCGCCGCUGCUCUGCAUACAGUCCGAAGAUUUAACGAACCUGCUCCAGCUCAGAACUCAAUUAGGCCAGGUGGACAAAACACGUUUAAAAAUGCAAUGUCGAGAUUCCAACAAGAUGGUGCAAAUACAAAGCCUAUCUGGGCCAAAAACAUUUCAACAAAAAAACCUACAGAGGUUAAUAAACCAACAGUAAAUGGAAACGCAAAGCCAAGGCAAACCAGUUGGUCAGGAAAUGGAAUGUCUCUCAAUAUUGUUGAGACAUCAUCAGUUUUUGAUUAAUUUUAUGUGUUAUAAUUUAAUUAUUCCACUUAUAAGUCUUCAUUUUAAGUAACAUAAUAAGUCAUAACAUUUCUUCCAAAUGAGAAAUAAAUUGGUGCCAAGGUGUCUCAACUAAAAUAGCAAGUAAAUUAAUCAACAAAAUAUGUAACUUUCAUUUCGCUGUAUUUAAAACCACCUCAAUGUAUUUCCUUGUUGGAAUAGUUUUAAUCUUUUGUAAAUAUCUUGAUUGUUCAAUAAUAUGUUCACUAAUUGUAAACUUUUGUGUAAAUAUGUUCAUCUAAUUCCAAGUGAACAGAAGUGAUAUUACAAAACCAUAUAUUUUAAAUUUUGUCCAAAAGUUUAGUUGCAAUUAAUUUUCUAACAUAAAAAGCAUUAAACAGCAGUUGUGUUGGACAUUUAUAGUAAUGUUUUUUGUUAGAGGCCUUUUAAUGUCGCUUUGCAGCUUAAAACAAAGGCAUGAACAAUAAUGUUAGAAUUUGUUUGAUUACUUUUAAAGUCAUUGUGAUUGCUACACUGUAUUAUUUUUUAAACGAAUCAAUAAAAGAAACCAGUAUAUACGUAA